AUGUCAAAACGUCGCGUACCGGUCGCAAUUAACAACGCAACGGAAACAAAGUCAUCACACAAAGAUACUAUGUCAUCGAACGGUUCUAUAAAUGGAAUGAAAGUUGAAAAUGAUCCUCAUAAAGUGAUCAAGGUUGUCGCUACGGAUGGAAAAACGGCAGAGGAUUUCGAGUUAGCCUAUACAGUAACAAAAGUAAUUGGAAACGGUUCUUUCGGUGUGGUGUUUCAAGCAAAACUAGUUAAAUCUGCCGAAGAUGCUGCUAUUAAAAAAGUACUUCAGGAUAAACGGUUUAAGAAUCGGGAACUUCAAAUUAUGAGAUUGGUGUCGCAUCCAAACAUAGUGGGUUUGAAAUCCUUUUUUUAUUCUAAUGGUGAAAAGAAAGACGAGGUUUACCUUAACCUUGUACUUGAAUAUGUUCCUGAAACAGUGUACAGAGCAUCACGUUUGUAUGCUAAAAGCAAGCAAACGAUGCCUAUGCUUCAUAUAAAACUCUACAUGUAUCAACUUUUCCGGUCACUUUCCUAUAUCCAUUCUCUUGGAAUCUGUCACCGUGAUAUUAAACCACAAAAUUUGUUAUUAAAUCCAACCACAUGCGUAUUAAAAUUAUGUGACUUUGGUAGUGCAAAAAUCUUAGUAGAGGGAGAACCAAAUGUUUCAUAUAUCUGUUCGAGAUAUUAUAGGGCGCCCGAGUUGAUCUUUGGCGCAACAAACUACACAACAAACAUUGAUGUUUGGUCAACAGGUUGUGUUAUGGCUGAAUUGAUGCUUGGACAACCCUUAUUCCCUGGAGAAAGUGGUAUUGACCAGUUGGUUGAAAUUAUCAAAGUUUUGGGAACACCAACUAGGGACCAGAUUAAAACUAUGAAUCCAAAUUAUAUGGAACAUAAAUUUCCUCAAAUUAAACCGCAUCCAUUUUCAAAGGUUUUCCGAGCCAGAACACCUCCUGAAGCAAUCGAUCUUAUUUCCCGUUUAUUGGAAUACACACCACCCAAUCGACUAACAGCAAUUCAGGCAAUGUGCCACCCAUUUUUCGAUGAAUUACGAAACCCAGAAACAAGACUUCCAAAUGGGAAAGAUUUACCUAAACUCUUCAACUUUACAAAACAAGAAUUAUCCAUCCGUGAAGACUUAAAUUCCAAACUUGUGCCACCUCAUGCUGAGGAAGAACUCCUUUCUCGUGGAAUCGAUAUUCAUAAUUUCAUUCCAUUGUCACAGUCUCAAAUGCGCGCAUCUUUGGAUUGA